AUGGUCAAGACGGUCGUCAUUCUCGGGGCGGCAUACGGCGGCCUGGGCGUCGCUCAUCGACUGCUCAAGUACACUCGCCAGACAGAGGAGGAUAUCAGAGUGAUAUUGGUUUCAAAGACAACUCAUUUCUAUUGGAACCUGGCCUCUGUCCGGGCCGUCGUGCCAGGCAUCGUCAAAGACGAGCAGAUCUUCCAGCCCAUUGAGUCCGGUUUCGCCCGCUACCCCAAGGAAAGCUUCGAGUUCGUACUCGGCACGGCCACGGGCCUAGACGUGCCCCGUAAGGCGGCCCUCGUCUCCACCCCGUCCGGCCCUCGAUCCCUCCCCUACGACUACCUCGUCCUCGCCACCGGCACUCGCUCCGCGAGCCCGGACAUGCCGUGGAAGAGCGCCAACUCGCACGAGGAGACCAUCGACCUACUGCAUGAAACAGCGGAGAAGGUCAAGGCGGCGAAGCACAUCGUCCUGGCCGGCGCCGGCCCCACCGGUGUCGAGUGCGCCGCCGAGAUCCGCUUCGAGUACAAGGACAAGGAGGUCGUGUUGCUGUCGGCCCAUGAGGAGAUCCUGGCAGGCGACACCAUCGCCAAGGGUGUAGAGAGCGAGAUCGUGCGUCUCGGCGUGCAGGUCAAGAAGAACGCGCGGGUGAAAAGCUCGCGUCCGCUGCCGGAUGGCAGGACAGAGGUGACGCUCGCGAACGGCGAGGUCAUCACGACCGAUCUGUACCUGCCGACUAUGGGACUCGUCCCGAAUACCGAGUACCUCGAUGCCAGCCUGCUCGACGAGCACAACUAUGUCAGCGUGGAUGAAUGCCUGCGCGUCAAGGGCGCUGAUAACGUCUGGGCGUGCGGGGACAUCGUCGCCUCCGCGCGCGCGGGUUUCUUCCUCGCGGACAAGCAGGCCGCCGGCGUGGUCAAGAACAUCGAGCUGGCCAUCAAGGGUAAGAACCAGCUGGCUAUCAAGGGCAUGCCCGUCGACGUCUUCAUGUGCUCCACGGGCCGCAACCGCGGCGCCGGGCGCAUCGGCUGGGUCAAGGUGCCAUCCCUCUUCGUUUGGACAGUCAAGGGCAAAACGCUCGGCAUCCACUGGACUCAAAAGUAUAUCAAUGGCACUUACUGGUGA